CCGGUAAUAUUAAAAUAGAGACUCAGAGUGAUGAAGAGAAUGGGCGUGCCUGUGAAAUGAAUGGGGAAGAAUGUGCGGAGGAUUUACGAAUGCUUGAUACCUCUGGAGAGAAAAUGAAUGGCUCACACAAUGGCCCAGGCAGCAAGGCUAUGUCAGGAGUUGGAGGCAUUCGACUUCCUAACGGAAAGCUAAAAUGUGAUAUCUGUGGGAUAAUUUGCAUCGGUCCCAAUGUGCUCAUGGUUCACAAGCGAAGCCACACUGGAGAACGCCCUUUCCAGUGCAAUCAGUGUGGUGCCUCCUUUACACAGAAGGGCAACCUUCUGCGCCACAUAAAGUUGCACUCAGGUGAAAAGCCCUUCAAGUGUCACCUGUGUAACUACGCCUGCCGCCGCAGGGAUGCCCUCACGGGACACCUGAGGACUCACUCGGUUGGCAAACCUCAUAAGUGUGGAUACUGUGGUCGCAGCUAUAAGCAGCGCAGCUCUUUGGAAGAACAUAAAGAACGCUGUCACAACUACCUGCAAACCAUGAAUAUCCCAAGCAGCCUUUAUUCAGUCAUAAAAGAGGAAACUAACCAGAGUGAAAUGGCUGAAGACCUGUGCAAGAUAGGGUCAGAAAGAUCCCUCGUGCUGGAUAGACUAGCAAGUAACGUCGCCAAACGUAAGAGCUCUAUGCCUCAGAAAUUUGUUGGUGAGAAGUGUCUGCCUGACCUUCCGUAUGAUGCCACCACCAACUAUGAGAAGGAGAAUGAGAUAAUGCAGACGCACGUUAUAGACCAGGCCAUUAAUAACGCCAUCAGUUACCUGGGGGCAGAGUCCUUGCGUCCCCUUGUCCAGACACCACCAGUUGGUUCUGAGGUGGUGCCUGUCAUCAGCCCCAUAUAUCAGCUCCACAAACCUCUUGGGGACAAUCAGGCUCGCUCCAACCAUACAGCUCAGGACAGCGCAGUGGAAAACUUGUUGCUGCUUUCCAAAGCCAAAUCUGUCUCCUCCGAACGAGAUGCUUCUCCCAGCAACAGCUGCCAAGACUCAACAGAUACAGAGAGCAAUAACGAGGAACGCAGUGGUUUGAUUUACCUGACAAACCACAUAGGUCCCCAUGCAAGAAAUGGCAUCUCUAUAAAAGAAGAAAACAGGCAAUAUGAUGUCUUGAGGGCAGGUACUGACAAUUGCCAGGAUGCUUUCAAAGUCAUCAGCAGCAAUGGGGAGCAAGUGAAAGUUUACAAGUGCGAACACUGUCGAGUCCUUUUCUUGGAUCACGUGAUGUAUACGAUCCAUAUGGGCUGCCACGGGUUCCGCGAUCCUUUUGAAUGCAACAUGUGUGGCUACCAUAGCCAGGACAGGUACGAAUUCUCCUCCCACAUAACUCGAGGGGAGCACCGUUUCCACAUGAGUUAAAACUCCACCAGCACAGAUCUCGCCUCAACAGCUGCGUUACUGGAGCUGUACUAGCCAUGACAGCAACAAAGCACAAGUCAGCUGAACAGCAGAAGUAACAAGAGAAUCAAAAGUUCAGCUAUCU